UUUAGAGAUCGCUUGUUUCAUACUAUUACAAGAAUUAUCCUGUGCAAUAACAAUCCAUGGAAAUGGGAAGAGCGUUAAAGCCAUGGUGGUUGAUGAGUGUGACUCGACUAUGGGUUGUGAUGUUGAUCAUGCGUACCAGCCACCAUGCGCGAAUAACAUUGUCGACGCCUCAGCAGUAGUUUGGAGUGCUCUGGGUGUGCCCGACAGUGAAGGGGGUGGAUGGAUAUCUUCUGGUCUGAAUAAGCUGGGGGUACCAUCGCGAGUGAUAAAUUAUUACGAGAUGUUUUGA